UGUCUCUAUGGUUAUUUUCCUUUCAAAAUAUAGUUCAAUUGAAGGGUCUAUAUAUAUGUGUGCUUAUGUACACUCUUUAGGUAACUAAGCUUAAACAAGUGAACCAUUUUUUUUUCUCUGUCUUUGUGAGUUGAGUUUGGAGUGAGAGCACCAAUGGCUUUUUUCAUGGCAAUUGUUGGUGUAUUCUUGGUUCUCUGUUUUUGCUCUGCUCUCUUGAGGUGGAAUGAAGUAAGGUAUAGGAAGAAAGGUUUGCCACCUGGAACAAUGGGAUGGCCAGUUUUUGGAGAAACAACUGAGUUUCUUAAACAAGGUCCAAAUUUCAUGAAAAACCAAAGAUUAAGGUUUGGAAGUUUUUUCAAAUCACAUAUACUUGGCUGCCCUACAAUAGUUUCAAUGGAUCCAGAGCUUAAUAGAUACAUAUUAAUGAAUGAAUCAAAAGGUCUUGUUCCUGGAUACCCUCAAUCUAUGUUAGAUAUCUUAGGAAAAUGUAAUAUUGCAGCAGUUCAUGGCUCCACUCACAAGUACAUGAGAGGAGCACUUCUUUCCAUCAUUAGCCCUACCAUGAUUAGAGAUCAGAUUUUGCCUAAAGUUGAUGAGUUUAUGAGUGCUCAAUUAAGCAAUUGGGAUGACAAAAUCAUCAACAUUCAAGAGAAAACUAAAGAGAUGGUCUUCCUCUCAUCUUUGAAGCAGAUUGCAAGUAUAAAAUCAACCUCAACAAUAGCUGAUUCUUUCAAGACAGAGUUUUUCAAGCUAGUUUUAGGAACCAUUUCUCUACCUAUUAACCUUCCUGGCACAAAUUACCACCGUGGAUUUCAGGCAAGGAAGAAUAUAGUCAGCAUUUUGAGUCAACUAAUAAAGGAAAGAAGAGCAUCCAAUGAAAUUCACAAAGACAUGCUUGGUUGUUGGAUGGAAAGAGAAGAAAAUAAGUACAAACUAAGUGAUGAAGAAAUCAUUGAUCUAGUGAUUACACUUAUGUAUUCUGGUUAUGAAACUGUUUCAACCACUUCAAUGAUGGCUGUGAAAUACCUCCAUGACCAUCCCAAAGCUCUUGAAGAACUUAGAAAAGAGCAUUUGGCCAUAAGAGAGAGGAAAAAGCCAAAUGAACCAAUUGAUUCCAAUGAUCUCAAAUCAAUGAGGUUUACUCGUGCGGUGAUUUUUGAGACAUCUAGAUUGGCCACAAUAGUUAAUGGAGUUCUAAGGAAAACCACUCAAGAUAUGGAACUAAAUGGCUAUUUGAUUCCUAAAGGGUGGAGAAUAUAUGUGUAUACAAGAGAGAUAAAUUAUGACCCGUUUUUGUAUCCUGAUCCAUUAACAUUCAAUCCAUGGAGAUGGAUGGAUAAGAGUUUGGAAUCACAUAAUUACUUCUUGAUAUUUGGAGGUGGCACUAGACUUUGUCCUGGAAAAGAGUUGGGAAUCACUGAAAUUUCAACUUUCUUGCACCACCUUGUAACUAGAUAUAGGUGGGAAGAAGUAGGAGGAGAUAAACUAAUGAAAUUUCCUAGGGUUCAAGCACCAAAUGGAUUGCACAUGAGAUUUUCAUCUUGCUAACUAGGGUGUGACAUUAUUAUGUACAGUAAUAAGUAGCUGUUUUGACAAAUAUUAGAAUAAAAAUAGUUUUUCUCCUUGCUCUCA